AAAAAAUUGGUUAGGGAAGCGAUUAAAAAAAAAGAAUGCCGAAUGUUCGUAAAUGCGAUAAAUGUCAUUCACACUGUUCCGGAAUAAUCAAUUGCCGAUGGCCAGUUUAAGAGGAAUGCUUGGCGAUUAAAUUGGCGAAGUUUUCUGUGGGAGCAACCAUUUCAGUUGAGUGGUACCGACGGGUGAAGAUCUGCUAGCAGUCGAUUUUGUGUGGGCGACGAAGGAAAGAGAGGAUAAUAAAGAGAGCCUUUCAAACCAUCGAUUCUCAUCUUUUAUCGAACCACGUGUUAUAACACUGAGCCUUUUGUGGAAAUCCUAUCAUGCUGUGUGCAGCAAUCUUAAAAUGAUUUCUCAAGACAGGAGUAUUUUUUUUCAUUCAGCAUUUAUCGAAUGGCGGUUACACAUUGAGAUCCUAAAUUCACUUUUUUAAAUCCCACGUGUUUUUGGGUCGGUUUGGAAAUUUUUCUGAUUCACAUGAUUUGGAAUGCCUGCCAAUGGAUGUUGAUAUGGGCGGUUUUUGACGAGAUCAACAAACAACAACAAGAGGAAGAAUGGAAUCGAAGAAAGAGUCUUCAUUCUGUGUCUUCUUCUGUGCCUUCUCCUUUCUUCUUCUUCUGGUGUUAGGAGUGGUGGGGUGGAGAAUCAUCACCAUAGAGGAUAAACUCUUGAAGAUGAGUUGGGAACAUGAGGAGCAACAGAUGAGGAUUGUCAGCUUGGAGGAGAGGAUAGAUCUUCUCUCGCAGAGGGUGGCGAGGAACCCUUCGGAAAGAAAGAACAACAGAAAAUUAAAAAGAGAAACAGCGGCAUGUGUUUGUCAACCGGGACCACCUGGAAAAAGGGGAAAGAGGGGAAGAAAAGGAGAGUCAGGAGAUGUUGGCCCACCGGGACCAGUAGGCCCUCCAGGAAAACCAGGAUUUCCGGGUGCUAUUGGUAUCGAUGGUCCGAAAGGUGAUCCAGGUGAAAAAGGAGACAAAGGAGAGAAGGGUGAAAGUGGAGGCGAUUUUUUUACGACAACAAAAGGUUACAUAAAACGAUCUCUCAACGAGGGAACAUUUGAAAAUGAAGUAUCAUCUGCAAUGAAGGGCCUUGCUAGUUUAGGUAUGACUCUAGCUCCUGGAGAUUUGCUUUUAUUAAAAGGUGAGCCUGGUGUUCCAGGACCACCUGGCCCUCCAGGUCCACCAGGGCCUACUGGAUUACCUGGAUUUGAUGGGAGAGUUGGAUUGCCCGGAGAACCAGGACCUCCCGGAGAACUUGGUUCCUCUGGUCCUCCUGGUCCUGUAGGUCCGAUGGGAAAGGACGGACUUCCAGGACCGAAGGGUGAAAAAGGUGACAAAGGUGAUCGAGGUCUUACAACAACUUUAGAUGGCAAUGCAUUUCCCACUGGAUUCAUCGAAGGCCCUCCUGGUCCCCCUGGGCCUCCUGGCCCCGCUGGCCCUCCCGGAAGAAAGGGUGAUGUCGGCAUCCCCGGCCCACCUGGCGAACACGGAGACAAGGGUGAUAAAGGCGAGCGGGGGCGUAGAGGAAAAAGGGGUCUGAAUGGCAUUCCUGGUAAAGACGGAAUUGAUGGUAAAUCAGGACUUAUAGGCCAACCCGGACUGGACGGGAUGAAGGGUGAAAGGGGUGACUCUGGAAAAAAAGGAGAGAAAGGGGAACCAGGAUUAUCGGGUACGGAUGGAAUUCCUGGAUUGCCGGGACCCAAAGGAGAAAAAGGCGAGCUCGGACCGCAAGGACUGCGAGGUAAGCGAGGAAAAAGAGGUGAAAAAGGAGAAAAAGGUGACCAAGGUGUUCCAGGACUGGAUGCCCCUUGUCCACUGGGACCCGAUGGUCUACCGCUACCCGGAUGUGGAUGGAGACCUCCACCUGGUGGAGUAAGUCUUUAAAUAGUUAUUUUAUAUUAGUACAGAAUGAUCGUCCACCUUUAUUGACAAAGUAAAUAAAGUCCAAUAAAUGAUUUCAAAAACACUUAAUGACAGGGAUUAAAUUAUUAGAAAUUUCCCAUUAAACCAUCAUGAUGGUUUGUAUAGUUUGUAUACUGGAAAUGUAGGGGAGAGUGGGGUCAAUUG